AUGGCUGUGGCAAGCGUAAAUGAGACAUCUUCGAUCGUUGAUAUUGUUUCCACCGAAGAACCGGCGACUGCAAGCCCGUCGCUGUACCCCUACCAGGCCCGCAUUGGCUUCAGCUGUUGCUGGAUCAUUGUUGCCAUCCUGGGAGUGGUGGGGAACAGCCUCGUGAUCUUGUCGGUCAUCCUAUCCAAGAAGCUCCGCACCGUGACCAACGCUUUCGUGGUCAACCUCAGCGUGGCCGAUUUCUGGACCAGCCUGUCCUGUCCGUGGCAGGCUGUGGCCUUACUCAGCCGCGGUGCAUGGCCGUUAGCCAGCGAGGUCCCGUGUAAAAUCGCCGCUAUGCAACUUUCCACCGGUUAUGGGACAAGCCUUUACUCACUGGCGGCCAUAGCGUUCAAUCGCUUCAUACUUAUCACCCAGACCACCGCAACGUACAGCCGUUGGUACUCCCCGGGUAAAGUCUCCUCCAUCAUCGCUAUGACCUGGGUCAUUCCAGCAGUUGUUUCCUUCUUGCCGCCAAUUCUAGGCAUCGGCGAUUUGGGCUACGAUGCUCAGGACUACUCGUGCUUAGAUAAAGAUGGACACCCCCGUGCCGCAGAGUACAACCUGGCUCAAUCUCUUGGCAUGUACCCAAUCCCCUUGCUUAUCAUCGUCGGUUCCUACUUGGCACUUUACAUCCAUCUCAAACGUCACUUCAGGAAGCGGAAGAGGAGACUCAAUCAGUACGCCAGCCCGGCUCAAGGUGACGCGGCAGCAGUUGCAGAGUCGACCGUCAGUUUUGCCAUUGAGACCGAAUCAUCGAGAUGUCCUACCACAGACAUUGCCAAAAGCAACCGGCGCGCAAUCAGCCGUCAGCAGCUGGCGAUCACUAGGAAUCUCUUCAUGGUCUUUUGUGUCUUUGUCCUCUUGGUUUCGCCUUUUUUCCUAGCUAUAGCCGUGCCAUCAAGUCGUAAAUUCACUCUCUACGGAGCAGCUAUCGCCAUCUUUAACAGCUGCGUGAACCCCAUUAUAUACACAGUCAACCAUCCUCAAUUCAAAGGGGUGCUUCGGAGCAUCCUUCGUUGCCGCUACUCCCAGAUACCCGAACCAUCCGACUGGCUGAAAUCCGUCUUGUCUUGGAGGAAGUGA